CGUGUUGGGGGAUGCUCUGUAUUGCUAGUUGGCAUAAACAAUGCCGUUGAUGUCGGCCAGAAAUCCAAUCAACAAGGCUAUUCAAAUGAUACUAAAAAAGUAAUUCUAGGUUAGAGCUCCUGCUGGAUGUAUAAAAGUACAGGCCGCAGCUGACUUUUCAGACUUCUGCCACUCUCUCCCUAAUACUAGUAUAAAGAUCUUCUUGGAUGGAUCUAAGCUAGCAAAUGGUAUGGCAGGUGCUGACUUUGCCUUAUAUCAGGUUGAACACCAAUUCCUUCAGUCAUCCCUACCUCUUGGACCAGACAAAGAGGUUUUCCGCAGAAGCAGAAGCGGCUUUACACUUUCAUAUUGCUCGCUUUGCCACCGACCUGUGGGAUUUCCUGGACAAUCUGGAGGUGGCCACACGCCUACUUGCAUCACCAACAGGCUCACCACAAGAUGUCCUCAGAUCCUUCCAGUCACUUACCUCGUCCUGGCCUCUCCAAGACUCCCCCAUGCCAGCGAGCAUCUGACACAGAUCAACAUCUCAGUCUUCCGGCACACUAUAUCGCCAUCAGAUAUCAUCAAGUCGUCCAUGGGGGUAAAAGCCCUAAGUGACUGGUUGGAGAUAGAAUCCGACCUCCCAACACUCGAGAGAAGAGAUACUGAUUUGAAAACUACGUUUAGAGAAGGGAUCCUCGAGAUCAUCGCACCACUUCGCUGUUCCAAGUGACACCUGGAGAGAUAGUUUCGAACGCACGGCACUUCUUAACAUGGGAGGUCUACCAUAGACCGAAUGCUGUAGGCAUUACUAAUUAAACGAAUAUGUCAAUAUAAUGAAUCAUCCCCCCAUUAUGUACUGUAGAGAGGUGCAUAGAUUGAAGUAUGUCUUUUAAAUGGCGGUGAGUAAAGAAGGAC